ACGCGCUGAGUCACCGACCAAUGGGACCCACCCCUAGCCCGGCACGUCGGAAGGCCACUACCGCAGUGUGCGCCCCAAAAUCGCCGCCGUCCCCCGUCUCACUCCCCGCCGUUCUCCUCCUCCUCCGCCGCCGCCGCCGUCCCGCCCGCCCGCCGCCACCGCCCACAUGUGGGAGCGCGGCAGGCUACCCCGCAAGCCGCGACCGUCCCCUAUCCUCGUGCCGCCGCCGCCGGCGUCCCCGCCGCCCCCGCCCCGCCUCCUCGCCUUCCUCCUCCCUAGAUCCCUCCUCUCGCUCGCCGCCCGCGCCAUGCCGUCGCGCCGCCCGUCUCCCCUGCUCCUCCUCCUCCUCGCGCUCGCGCUCGCCUUCCUCUUCCUCCUCCUCUCCCCAUCCGCGCCCUCCGCCUCCCACCUCUCCAGCUCCCUCGCCUCCGCCGCCGCCGCCGUUUCCACUCCCGCGUCCUCCCCUCCCGCCCCCGUCAAGAUCUACAUGUACGACCUCCCCGCCAAGUUCACCUACGGCGUCGUCCGCAGCUACAUGGCGGCGCGCGCCCGGGCGGGGGCGGCGGGCGCGGCAUCGGCGAUUCCCGACGACGAGCUGCGGUACCCGGGGCACCAGCACUCGGCGGAGUGGUGGCUCUUCAAGGACCUCAGGCGCCGCGGGCCACUCGACCGCCCCGUCGCCCGCGUCGACGACCCGGCCGACGCCGACCUCUUCUACGUGCCGUUCUUCUCCUCCCUCAGCCUCGUCGUCAACCCGAUCCGCCCAUCGGCGGCCGCCGCCAAUGCGUCCGACGCGGCGGAGCCCGCGUACAGCGACGAGUCCACGCAGGAGGAGCUGCUGGUGUGGCUGGAGCGGCAGCCGUACUGGCGACGGCACCAGGGGAGGGAUCACGUGUUCAUCUGCCAGGAUCCGAACGCGCUCUACAGGGUGGUGGAUCGGAUCAGCAAUGCUGUGCUCCUGAUCUCCGACUUCGGGCGGUUGCGUAGUGAGCAGGCAUCUCUCGUCAAGGAUGUUAUCCUGCCCUACGCGCACCGAAUCAACUCCUUCCAAGGCGAUGUGGGAGUCGAAAGCCGGCCUUCAUUGCUAUUCUUCAUGGGCAACCGGUAUCGAAAGGAGGGUGGGAAGGUGCGUGAUACGCUGUUUCAAGUUCUUGAAAAUGAGGCAGAUGUAAUCAUAAAACAUGGAGCCCAGUCAAGGGAGAGUAGGCGUAUGGCUACACGAGGAAUGCACUCAUCCAAAUUCUGCCUCCAUCCUGCUGGAGAUACUCCCUCGGCAUGCAGAUUGUUUGAUGCGCUUGUCAGUUUAUGUGUUCCUGUUAUAGUCAGCGAUUACAUUGAAUUACCAUUUGAAGAUGUUAUAGAUUACAGAAACAUAUCAAUAUUUGUUGAGACAAGCAAGGCUGUACAGCCUGGAUUUUUAACAUCAACACUUCGAGGAAUCAGUUCACAGAGGAUUCUAGAGUACCAGAGAGAAAUAAAAAAGGUAAAACAUUAUUUUGAGUAUGAAGAUCCAAACGGACCAGUGAAUCAGAUAUGGCACCAAGUUUCUUCAAAGGCACCAUUGAUCAAGCUGUUGAUUAACCGCGAUAAACGCCUAGUUGAAAGAGGUACCAAUGGAACAGAUUGCUCGUGCAUCUGUUCGACCACGAAGGAACUUCUACGUAAAUAAGAUGGUUCUCAUCUCCUGGACGAACCCAAGUUUUGUGGACGACCCUUCUGAUUGAGUACAGUACCUGAAUUUUGGCUGACGCUGAGCUCUGUAACUAUGUGCAGCGAGGAUCCUAACAAUUUGUUUUGAUUGCUAAGCGCCCAUUUCCUGCUGAUUUUUCUUCAAUUUUCAGUAGAUAUUAGAAUGUUGUGAACAAUAUAACACCACUGGUGCCCCUGGCUAAAGCAGAAGUAUAUCAUUGUUUUCUUUUGUACGUGUGACUUAUAUACAUCCUACAUUCCUUUUUCUCCCAAGGAUGUUACCCUCAAGUUUA